UGCAACCAAAUAUACAGGUGGCGAGCUAACCUAUCAGAUUUUACGUAAGUGGCGUGUGAUAUUUGCGUCAUUAUUUAAAUAUCUACUAGAAUAUUAUCAAACAAAUCAAUUGUUUAAAAACGCGCAGUAAUGAAUUUAGUUUUAAUGCCAAUUGAGCGCAUAAAACAUUAGUGAUUCAGGACUGUGCAAUGCAAGGUGUUCUUUGAUCAAGCAAAUGAAUUAGUUUAGUGGAAAUUAGUAAUAAUGUGGGGCAUUUUCUUUGUGUUUCUCUUGUCAAAAUUAACUAUCGUACAAAAUCAAAUCGUUUGGUAUCAACCUGAGCAAGUCCAUUUGGCUUAUGGAAACACAGUUGAUGAAAUUGUGGUAACUUGGUCUACAUUUAAUGACACAACUGAAUCUAUUGUGGAAUAUGGGAUAGGAGGCUUUAUCCUCACAGCUAAGGGGGCCUCCAAGUUAUUCAUUGAUGGGGGCGAUCAGAAACGGUCACAAUUCAUACACACUGUUAGACUGGGAAACCUGACUUAUAACUCACGCUAUGUGUACCACUGUGGUAGUAGCCUGGGUUGGUCAGAGCAGUUUUGGUUUCAAACACCCCCUGAAGACAACUGGGAACCCCACUUGGCAAUUUUUGGGGAUAUGGGUAAUGAAAAUGCCCAGUCUUUAGCCAGAUUGCAGGAAGAGGCCCAAAGGGGGAUGUACGAUGCUAUCCUACACGUUGGAGAUUUUGCCUAUGAUAUGGACUCUCAAAACGCAGAAGUCGGUGACGCAUUUAUGCGCCAGAUACAAGCAGUAGCAGCUUAUUUGCCUUAUAUGACUUGUCCUGGAAACCAUGAGGAAAAAUACAAUUUCAGUAACUAUCGCCAGCGUUUCAGCAUGCCGGGGGGCUCAGAUUCGCUCAUGUUCAGUAUGAAUAUUGGCCCAAUGCACGUUAUUUCAAUCUCAACUGAAGUCUACUACUUUCUCAACUAUGGUAUUAAACAAUUGGUGUUUCAGUAUGAGUGGCUUGAGGAAGAUUUGAUUAAAGCAAACUUGCUGGAAAACCGACAGAAACAGCCUUGGGUUGUGGUGAUGGGGCACCGCCCUAUGUACUGUAGUAACUCAAAUACCGACGAUUGUACCCACCAUGAGACUCUCACUCGAGUUGGCUUGCCUUUUUUGCAUUAUUUCGGUCUUGAACAACUCUUGUAUGACUAUGGGGUCGAUUUAGAAAUUUGGGCACAUGAGCAUUCAUAUGAAAGGCUUUGGCCGAUUUACGAUUACCAGGUUUACAACGGGUCGUAUGAACAACCAUAUGUCAAUCCUGGAGCCCCCAUCCAUAUCGUUACUGGGUCUGCGGGGUGUAAGGAAGGGAGAGAAGAUUUUAACGCGACAAGGCCCCCAUGGUCGGCUUUUAUUAGCCGGGACUAUGGAUACACCAGAUUAAAAGCGUAUAAUGCGACGCACUUGUAUUUAGAACAAGUUUCAGACGAUAAACAAGGAGCUGUGAUUGAUUCGUUAUGGAUUGUUAAAGAUAAACACGAACCAUAUAAGUUUUCUAAAGUAGAUUGGGGAAAAUGGACAGUUUGAGAUUGAGAAAUCUAACUGUUUAGAUUUGUUUAUUACCAAACAUGUAUUAUCUAGAUAUGCUUUAAUGCAAUGUCGUGAAACCAAAUAGCGCAAUUUUAGAUAUCAGUACUUGUAGAUUGUUAUAUUUUUAUUUUAUCACUUCGCGUGCAAAUUAAAAUUGGAAUUUUGAUGAUUUAACAAUGCGAACCUUACAAAUGUAAAUAAAACGAGUAUUUAAACAA